CCUUUCAUACUGGCACAAGACACUGAGCGGAUGCCUCCCCUUAUGUUAUCAAACAGAGACCCGGCGAGUGAAUCUACCCAGAGCUGAUGCUCCUUUGCAACUUGGGAACACCAGUGUCACAGUGGCUCCUUGGCUUGUCUUUAGAUAAAUUUGACCAUGGCUGUAGAACCCAGCAGCUCAGAAUCCAUUAAAAGGAGAGUUGGGAGGAGAAUGAAGAAGAUGAGCAACAUUUAUGAGUCGGCUGCCAACACACUAGGAAUCUUUAACAGCCCCUGCCUGACCAAAGUUGAGCUCCGUGUGGCGUGCAAAGGCAUUUCUGACAGAGAUGCCCUUUCCAAACCAGACCCCUGUGUCAUCCUCAAGAUGCAGUCUCACGGGCAGUGGUUUGAGGUAGGCAUGUCCAAUGAAAUGGACAGAGGCAUGACUGGAUGA